AUGGCUAAGACUCUGGUGAGAAGAAUUCUGCUCCCAUUCGCGCUUUUGAUCUUAUUCUACACGGCAUUCCGCAAUACACCAGUCGUCCUUCAGCCAUCAGCACAGUACCCUAAACAUCUCGGCAAACACCAGGAACCACUUCACGUUCCCAUCAGCCGCCCCUUUGUCAACACAUCUCGUACGUGGGAUCACUGGGCUGCAGUUGAUGGGUUUCCUAGUAAUGUUGAGAGCAAACCUAUGGAACUUGAGAUCUCCAACCAGGAUUCGGAAACCGCGGGGGUUCCAGCGCCAGUAAUUCUUCCAGUUUCACACAAUUCCCAGCGCUCCAUCCCUCAAGCUCUUCUAGGACAACUAGAAUGCCCUCGAGCUCCGAAUCGCUUCACUAGUCACAUCAGACUACCGAAUCUUCUCUAUAACAUUUCCAUGAGUCCGAGAUCCGCCGUGUUGAGAGAGGAGCGCACGUUCUGGAACCCAACAAUUUUUGCUCUACCGUACUGGGCAAAGAAUCAAUACAUCAUCGUCAGCAUGGUUACUCCAGAUGGUGGAGCUCUUCGACGGAAUGUCCUCUGCGAGGCGAACAUCUGCCAUCCCAAGUCUGCAGCUUCAACAUUGACUCAUGAGAGAUCCUGUUCAGAAGAUGAUCUGGGUCUGCUUGGACCAAGUGGGGGGUUGCGCUGUAUGACUGCUCCGAUUGAGGUGACCGUGCCUCCAACACCUGCAGCAAAGUGCGAGGGUCGAGAGCAAGUUUUUGCCGAUAUACCCGGUUUCCAUGAUCCGAGGGUCUUCUACACGGGAAGGGGCGAGCCGAUCCUGAUGAUUUCAUCACAAUCACAGUAUGCAUGCAUUGGUCUCUGGGUCAUCGACCUUCGAGCAGUGUACCCAGAACUAGAGGGAACGCUUGCAUCAUCCCCAAAGCGACUUGGUCCUGGGCCCGUGAUGUCUUACCCAACGCUAACUGAACUUACUCGAAAUCCGCCUUCCUCGCGUCGGUCAUAUGAGAAGAACUGGGUGAUGUUUUCACCAUCAUCUUCAUCUUCAUACUUACAAUACGACUUAACCUCUUCUAGUCGAACCAUUGCGCAGCUGAUUGGUGGCGGGCUCACGACACCAAAUAUGACCGAUCCUCUGGAAGAGCCUUGCCUCCGAGAUCUAACUAUGGAAGAAAUUGCAGGUAGCCACUACAAUGAAAACUCGACAUGGCAUCAAGCCACUCCAUCGCUGAAGCUCGUCUUAUGUUCUCGAUCAAAUUCGACUUGCAAUCCGGAAACUGCAGACACAGUUUUCUUUGCUAUAAUUCACCGGAAAAACGUCAAUGCUUUGGGGCUUCCAGUCCGUUACGAAAGGUUCGUAGUAGUCUGGUCAGCAGCGCCUCCUUUCAACAUGCUUGCGAUCAGUCGGCAUCCAAUCUUAAUGGCGAAUGAGACAACUUUUAGUUGGACGGCUGAAGAGAGCUGGGAUGAUGUACCAGAAGCACUACUUGAAAAUCGGGAGCUCUGGGGCCGCAUUACAUAUACUACAACCAUCGCUUAUGCCUGGGGUCGAGAGGAGAAAGAUUUUAGGGAGAAAGGUACUGGUCAUCUUGAUGAUGAAGUGAUUUUAAGUAUUGGUGUGGAUGAUGAGGGUCAGGUAUACACAAAAGUCAAAGUUUCGGAAUUGUUACAGUGUCUGAGGGUAUGCCCUGGGAGAGAACAGGUCAACCUCGAUGAGUCAGAGGACUGA